AAUUCUAAAUCAUUCACAGCAUUAGGUUCAGUCCACUGCGCCAUCAAAAAUCACACUUGAAAACCUUUGACCAGUGCAGUUUGACAAAUAUUGCUAUUACGAGAAGACGUAAAAAUAAACCUAAAUGCAACUGAAAGCCGAGCCAAUGAUUCAGCAUUUUAUCGUCCACAGGGCGAAUCGAUUCCUCUCAUCUUAAGUUUCUACGCACCACACCGACUGCAUCAGAGAGCUCGGCUGAGAUGAAUUGCCUACAGUCUGCAGUUCAGUUACAGGAUACUGCUUAAAAAACAGUACAAACGUACAUUUUAGUACACGCAAGCCUGUAUUUAACAGGAUCAGGUGUAUUGUAACGAUGUGCUUUUAUCUGUUUUUUGCUGUGCUAUGUCUGUCCGCAGCGGUGCGUUCGCUGGGCCGAACUGCGGCUGGCGGGCCCCCGGCUCAGCCGUGCCAGUCACCGGUGCAAUGGGAAGGCAGGACGGUGGUGUAUGACCACAGCACAGGGAGGAACAGCCGGGCCUUGGUGUCGUAUGAUGGACAGAACCAGCGCAUUAGGGUCUUGGAUGAGAAGAAAGGACAUAUACCUUGUAAGAAGUUCUUUGAAUACAUCUACCUGUACCAGAGCUCAGUGCUGUUCCAGAUUGAGCAGGUCACCAAGCUGUGUUCCAAGAUUACUCUGACAGAGCCGUGGGACGCCUACGAUAUUCCCGACAACUCCACUUAUGAAGACCAGUAUUUCAUUGGGGGGCCUGGUGACAAGAUAGAGGUGCAGGAAUGGUCUGACAGAAAACCUGCCCGCAAAAAUGAAGCUUGGGUUGGAGUUUACACAGUCCAGGACUGUUACCCGGUGCAGGAAACGUACACGAGAAACUACAGCGUGACAACCUCCACCCGCUUCUUUGAUCUGCAGCUUGGGAUCAGUGACCCAGCUGUGUUCACUCCACCCAGCACCUGCCAGACUGCCCGCGCCGAGAGGAUGAGCCAGGACUGCUGAGCCCGGUGGACUUCUGGGCUAUCCACGUCAUCACCGACACGCACUGCAGAAAGAAAAAUAACAAUCUGAGCAAACAGGACCUGCAGUCAUCCACCGCUGACACGUGAACUGACUUUGGAAACCGCUUAACCCGCUUAAAGAUUUUCAUCUGAGGUUAGGGCUGUUGAGAGAAAGCAACAGACUCCAUACUAAUUGUAUUUCGGGAAAAAUGAAAGGCAAAACCUUUCAAUUUAACUGCAGGCAGACUUUCAUAAUAUGUGUGCUGCUACAGUAGUGUUAGAAACCUUUAAAUAUGCUGCUCAGAAAAAAAAAUGUUAUUUAUUAUUAAUCAAUGAAUGCAUCAGGGGAAUAUUUUGGGAACUGACAAAGCAUAAGAAUUUAUUAAGUUUGUGAUUUGUUUUACUCUUUGAGAAAAAACAUGAACUAAGCUAGAAUUAUGUCCUGUGGAGUUUUUGCAGACCACUAGUUACAAAGCUAUUUUGUUUACAUAUUAAAUAGAAGAAACUAGACAGGAUUAAAAAAUAUAUUGGAAACAUAAGACCACAACUUCUUUGGAAGGUAUGUGGUGCUUUAUAUACAUAGAGUUGUACAGUAGGUCAUUUAAAAAAAAAACAUUCAGGAAAUAAAAAGCAAAUAAAAGUGUUCAUUAAAGGGCAUUAAGUCAUGUGGUUGCAGGUCAUUUUCUGUUUGCUUAGAGACCUGUGGUGGUAGACAUUGUUGGGCACUUAGAAACAGUGACUGAGACAAACCUGUCUCAAAAGUAGAAAUUAAUAUUGUGUUGCACUUCUCUUAUAUGGCCACAUUAGUGUCACUUAAGAGAAACUGCUGUAGGUGAUGCAGUGAUGAAGAAUUGUAGUAAACACCUGGGAAGUAAAGUUACCUAGUUUUGUAACAUUGAUUAAAAGUGAAGCAUUGUAAUAUGACACAUAAUGUUUAAAUCUAAUGCUUCAGAGACAUAAAAUGCAGAUCUGAUGUUACGGAACUACAGUAGAUGCAGAUGCUACAACUUGCUUUAAAGUGUUAAAAAUUAAAGUUUUUUUAACUUUUCUGUAGUCUGCCUCACUCCAGUGAAAAUAAAAUUAAGUGCACUGUAUGUUUGCAUUAUUUGCA